AUGUCCCAAUCAACUCCCACUGACUCUUCCACUAAACAAGUACUUAGUCCCGCUGUUAAACAGAUCGAGUUCUAUUUUAGUGAUGCUAAUAUUGUCCGUGAUAAGUUCCUUUUGAGUCUCCUUCAAUCUAAUCAAGGCUGGGCCCCUCUUCCUAUCAUUAGUAAGUUCAAAAGAGUCGCCGCUUUCAAUCAUACCGACUCAGAACUAGCCCAACUAAUAGAAGAACAAAGUACUAAGCUAGAAAUAUCUGAAGAUAAGAUUAGACGUAAAGAUCCUAUUCCAGCCAGUUACAACCCCAAUCUUAAAUCAGUUUUAAUCAAAGGCUUCCCAACUGAGCUGACUUUAACACAAGUUGAAGAGUUCUUAAGUCCUUAUGAGAGUAAAGUAGCUAGAAUUACUUUACGUAAAGAUGCGCAACAGUUAUUUAAAGGUUCUAUCUUUGUGGAGUUACAAACGGCUGAACAAGUAGAAGAGUUUUUAAAAUUAGAUCUUAUCUAUACUUAUGAUACUCCAGUUGAAGAGACUGAAAAUGAAGCUGGAAAUAGUAAGAAACCAAAACUAGCUACUUAUCCUUUAAGUAUUCAUGCAGUUACUGAGUACUUUGCCCAGAAGGGAGAGGAGAAGAAGCUUAUCAAAGCUCAGAAGAAGGAAGAGGCCCGUCGUGAGAUAGUUAGUAGGUUUUAUGGUAAGAUCUUUAAGUUUAGCAUAGCAGCUGCUGAUCCAGCUAGUGAAAGUACUGAGCAGGGUACUUUAGAUGAACAAUUAGCCACUAUCAAAACUUCUGAGAUUAAGCAAGCUCUUGAUGGUAGUGCGGCUUUCGUUGAUAUUCCUAAUAAGCACUUGCGCCUCAAGAACGUGCAAGAAUCAGUUCCGGCCUUAACUAUCAACCAAAUAACCCUAACCUUUACGAAGUUAACUGAAGCUGAGGUUGAUCAGUACUGCCAAGGACUUACUCUGGACAAGAACAAGUCCCUGCAUAAGCCAAGACCCGGUCGUAGGUAA